AACACUACAGGCUGAUCCAACUUUGAUGUAAUGUCCUUAAAACAAGUCAAAAUGAGGCUCAGUAUUGUGUGUGGCCUCCAAACCAGUUUGGAUUGUUUUGGGAAUAAUUGUCCUGUUGGAACACCCAUCUGUGUCCAAAUUUCAACCAUCAGCUUUUGAUUUCAGGUGAGGUUGAAGAAUUUGGAGGUAGUCCUCCUUCUUCUUUAUUCCAUCCAUUUUGUGCAAUGCACCAGGACCAACGGCAGCAAAACAGAACCUCAGCAUGAUGCUACCACCACCAUGCCUAACAAUUGGUACAGGUACAGCAACUGGUAAAUUAAUUUUAUUUUGAAUGCCUCUUACUGACUCCUUCAAACAAUAUUCACAUUAUCAUGGCCAGACAGCUGAGUCUUCUUCUUGUCUGACCAUAAGACGUUUCUCCAGAAGGCCUAUGACUUGUCUGCAUGGACAGCUGCAGAUUUCCGUUGACCUUAAACGUGUCAGUAUCUGAGCUUCUUUCUUGGUCUUCCAGCCGUUUUCAGAUCAUGUCAGCUCUGACCUCUUGAGGUUGCUGUGUUUUCCUGAACAUUUUUCUUUAUUCUGAUGGCGACAGUUUGGGUCAGGUUUUAACAGGAUACUCUUCUGAAAAUCUAAUCAAAACUGAUUUGGAUUAAAGAGAUUAGGCUUUUAAAAUUACCUGGCCAUACCCCUGACUUCAACCCAACUGAGAAGCUGUGGAUUGAAAAGCAGUGGAUUGUGCUAGAAAACCAACCAGUUUAAAUAUAAUAAGAAAACUCAGCCAAGACAAGAGAUCAUAUAUAUCGAGCCAGAAUAAUUUGACGGCUGCAAACAUCUCAUGGUCGAAGCAACACUUCUUGGUGUAUGUGUAUAUUUGAGCUUGUAUUUGAAAAUGUGUGUAGUAAAGUAAAUCCACAUUACAUUCAAACCUGUUCACCCAAUUCUUGAUUUUGAAAAUUCAUCAAAGUAGCUUGUUGUAUAAUCAUUCCAACAUGAAGUGAAUGGUUCAGAUAAAUCAUAAAAAAACAAAUUGAUGAAAUUCAUUAAAUAUAUGAAAAGUGUUUGUAAAGGUUUCACCAGAACUGUAUUGCCUUUCAUUCUGUGGCAUAAACCAAAGCUUUUUAGGAAUUUCUAUAUUUCUGCUUGCUGACAACCACAGCAGCCAUCUUCUCAUAUUGUUAAAUCUGUUCAUCGUUAAAUCAAUGGUUUUAAGCACCCUCUGGCCUUCUUUUCCACCUCCUUUUCAUAAAAAAAUUAACAGGAAAGAUGACAAUAAAAGGUUUUGAAAAUCCAUCCUCUCUAAGCACUCUUAGUAAAUUCUAUCCAGCUGCUUAUCCUAAAUCAGAUUAUGCUGAAACCCCAGCUAAUGGCAACACUGUGGAAAAGAUUUAAGCCAAUCGGGUUUAAGAUCUGUGGCAGGGCCUUCCUUGCAAAGCGCCGCUAGAGAGACAUGAUUGGAAAGAAUGAACUGGAGCAAAAAAAAAAAUGGAAGGCUCAUAACUCCACCCCCUGCCCAUUCCCUCGUCCAAUCGCUGUUCUGCACACACAACGGUCUGUGCCUCCAUUGGUCCAGAGCAGUAUAAGUUCCGCCAAUCAGCUCGCGACUCCGUUGCUUACGUCACUAACAAGCCAGUUCCCUCCAGCAGCAGCAGAGCUUCAUUUUCUCAUCAGCUUUUGUGCUAAAAUGGAGGCUGGCCUCUCUCCUUGAGUGGAUCGCCUUCCUGGUUGGGCUUUAGAUGUUGACAUGCAAUAAAUCUGGAGACAGGAUGGUUGUGGAUGCACCCAACUCCAAUGGGCCUUUUCAGCCGGUGGCUCUAAUGCACUUCAGAGAUGUGGCCCCUGCAGAGCAGGAGAAGCUCUUCAUCCAGAAGCUGCGGCAGUGCUGCGUUCUCUUCGACUUCCUCUCUGACCCCUUGAGUGACCUGAAAUGGAAGGAGGUGAAGCGAUCGGCGCUGAGCGAGAUGGUGGAGUACAUCACCCACAACAGGAACGUCAUCACCGAGCCCAUCUACCCGGAGGUGGUGCACAUGUUUGCUGUGAAUAUGUUCAGGACGUUGCCUCCAUCCUCCAACCCAACCGGAGCAGAGUUUGACCCCGAGGAGGAUGAGCCGACACUCGAAGCUGCUUGGCCCCACCUGCAGCUUGUCUAUGAAUUUUUUCUUAGGUUUUUAGAAUCUCCUGACUUCCAGCCCAACAUAGCGAAGAAAUAUAUUGACCAGAAAUUUGUUAUGCAGCUCUUAGAACUAUUUGACAGCGAGGAUCCCAGAGAGAGAGACUUCCUGAAAACAACUCUCCACAGGAUCUACGGAAAGUUCCUGGGACUGAGAGCGUACAUCAGAAAACAGAUCAAUAACAUUUUCUAUAGGUUUAUCUAUGAAACUGAGCACCAUAAUGGUAUAGCUGAACUACUGGAAAUACUUGGAAGCAUAAUUAAUGGAUUUGCCUUACCACUGAAAGAGGAGCACAAGAUUUUCCUGUUGAAAGUUUUACUGCCUCUGCACAAAGUCAAAUCACUCAGUGUCUACCAUCCACAGCUGGCCUACUGUGUGGUGCAGUUUUUGGAAAAGGACAGCACACUAACUGAGCCGGUAGUAAUGGCUCUACUAAAGUACUGGCCAAAGACUCACAGCCCAAAGGAGGUGAUGUUUCUCAAUGAGCUGGAGGAAAUCCUGGAUGUCAUUGAGCCCUCAGAGUUUGUUAAAGUGCAGGAGCCCCUUUUUCGACAGCUGGCAAAGUGUGUAUCCAGCCCACACUUCCAGGUGGCGGAGCGGGCCUUGUACUACUGGAACAACGAGUACAUCAUGAGUCUGAUCAGCGACAACGCAGCAAAAAUUCUGCCCAUUAUGUUUCCCGCUCUGUACCGCAACUCGAAGACGCACUGGAACAAGACUAUCCAUGGCCUCAUCUACAACGCUCUGAAGCUUUUUAUGGAGAUGAAUCAGAAGCUGUUUGAUGAUUGCACACAGCAGUUCAGGGCAGACAAAAAUAAAGAAAAGGCGAAGUCAAAAGAACGAGAAGAGGCCUGGAUCAAAAUUGAGAACCUCGCCAAGUCAAAUCCACAGUUCUGUUUGUAUCUUGAUUCCUUUGACCUCAGUAGUCCUGUAGCAAUGGAGAUGGAUGUCCCUUUGAUAGAAGAUGUACAGAGGUUAAAAAAGACAGUUGAGGAGGGCGCAACCCAGUUGCAGGGUGAACAGCGAAAAGACCGGUCCAUGGUGAGACGCAAAUCUGAGUUGCCUCAGGAUAUCUAUACCACAAAAGCCUUGGAGUCCCACCGCAGAGCUGAAGAAAUGUUGACCACCCAUGAUGGGCUCUAGAUCCCUUGUACCCCUAAAGAGCCAUGGACAUCUUCUUUGCCCUGGUGCCAGAAUAACACUGGCAAACUGUUACUUUUUGUUUCCUCCCCAGAAUACUUAGUUUGUCUUCAUUCCUUCUGCCUCUGUGCAGAAACUCUUCAACCACAUCUUUGUUUUCCACUUUCUCAGGUUAUUUUCUUUAUAUGAGGAUGAGUGGUCAUAUGUUUGUGUCUUACCCCGUGACAUACGUUGUCGUCUAUCAGCAUUUUUGGUAUUCUUUCAUCUCCUCCCAUUCUUCUUCUUCCAUCCCUGGUGCAAUCACUGUAAAGGUGGAACCUGGGAGUUCAGACAGCACAACAAAGGUUCUCCAUCCAUUUCUAUAAGCAAUUUUUACCGCAAAUCUAACAUUGAUUGCUUCACUGUCUAAGGAUUGUGUCUUUUGUUCAAUGGGAACAAAAACAAAACCCUGCUAUUUGGAUAAAAAACAAGACUUUUUUUUUUUUGCCAUCCGUUCUUUUUUUCUGUUCUAACGAACAUCUUUUAGGUGCCAAGACUGUUGUGUUCUUUAAGCUUGAUUUAUUUUUUGUUUUAGUGACUCUUAACAGAGUCGCCUGCCUUUGUUUGUUGCCACUUUUUGACUUUGUUUCUCCAGCACACUUAAGACCAAACUUGGGCCUGUUCUUACCUUGCGUUGUUUAAAAAAAAAUGAUGGCGAGGAAAGGAAAAAAAAAAAAUGUCCCGUGGACAUUUUUGAACUUUCCGUCUUAUUGUUUCUGUGCCAUAUGCCGCUCCUUUUUGUGCUUGCUUUCUAAUAUCUAUUGACGAUGUUUGAAAACCAGAUGAGUUCAAACAAUGGUACUUUCAGUAUUGGAAGAUGAUGCCAUGAAAACUAUUUGUAUUUGCUGCCUGUGUUGCUCUAGCCAACACCAUGGGUUUGGAUGUAAAUCAUGAUGGUUGCUUACUGAAUAGGAAGAAAGAAUUGAAGUUCCAGUGAUGAGGUGUUAGCCUUCUGUGCACACAGUGAAAAACAGGGAUGAUUGGGUUGCAAAGUUAAACAGGCAUCAGGAAAAUGUCGAAAAGCUCUGCUCCCCAUUUGCUUUUACCAGUAAGACUAAAUUAAGACCUCAUAGAUGUGACUGUCAUAUGCUUUUAAGGAUUUUAAAUUAAAAUAGAGGUAAUUUAUUUGAGCUACCAACCAGAAUUGACCCAAUCAAACUUUUUACAAGCAAUAAAACAGUUCCCCAAAAUGUUUUUUUUUUUUUUUUUUUUUGCUGUUGCUUUUAUUUCUUAAUUAUCUUUUACGUUAAACAAGUUGAGCCCCUCUCAGGGUAAAAGAUUUAAAGGUUUGGGAACAUUUCCAGUAAGUACCAUUGUUUAAACUGAAAAUGUCUGCUGGAUUAUGUUUUUUUUUUCUUUUAAUCUAAUGUGUUGUAUUUUAUUGUAUUUUCCGUCUUUUUUCCCUUCCCUGGCCUUUCAAAAGCCAGUGCUGAAACGGACUGGUGUGAAAUGACCUCAAACAUGCCAGAUGUGGAAAAAAAAAAAACUGACAUUGUGACUUAGUUGAACUGUAUUAAUACUGUAUUUGCUUGAAUGCAAAAAGCUGUAAAUUUAGACUUACCAUGUCAAACAUGUACCUUUUACCCUGGAGGAAUGCCAUUCACCACAAUGAUUUCUUCUGUGUUAGUCAUUGGAUUUAUGAAACGGUCCUACCUGCUGGGAGAAAUGUAUGAUUUUAUGAGUCCAAAAUACUGGAAGUUUCUUUUAGUGCUGAAAACAAGUCAUUUAUUAUGAGAAGAGAUGAUUUAGAAAUUAUUUGGUGGCUUGUUCUCCACAGGAUCUAGAUAUUUUAAUUUUAACACAUAAUUUCCAAAACUUGUUAACUUAAGUGUCCUUUUGUAUGUGACCUGUAUAUGAUUCAUUUAAUAUUGUACAUAUGAUUUACCUUGUUUCAUGUAGUGUUAUAUAUCUAGAUUAAUUUUGUACAAAUUGUCCUGUAAAGAAUAAAACAUCAAUAGCAAGUGAAAGAAAUCAGUCUGCCACCCACUGUCCUAUUUUUUUGUCUUUGUACUAUAAAAGAUCUGUUUUAUUUUUAUUGAAAUCUGUUUCUUCCGUCCUAAGUACUUAACUGCAGAGCAUACAAUGUUCCUGAACAGUUGUCUUUAAAAAUGUAAACGUCUGUAGAAUAAAGAGAUAUUUGGGGGUA